CGAACCACAACAAAAAUAGGAAGGAGCGACGUGGUUGCAGGGUCCUCAUCGCACAGAAAUCUUCCUGCAGAGAACGAGAAUAGUUGAUAUGAUUUGAAAACAACGAAGACCCACAAGGAAAGAUAUAGAGUGUAGACUGUUGUGUAGUCUAAGACUCUAUAAAAGAAGGAAGAAGAAGAAGAAGAGGAGGAGGAAAGGGAGUGAGGUCUUCGGUCCCCUCGCUCCGUCCUGUGGAGAUUUAUUUUUGGGAAGAAUUAGAGGGGUUGGUUAUUUAGUGUUGAAGAAAGCACAAAAAUGAAUCGUCGAAUAUCUACUGCACUGUCAGACUUAGUCUUAGCUUUGUCUGCUGUAUGGGGUUUCCGGAUGCUGAGUGAGAAUCGCACAGCUGACUUCCAGUUUGGGAAAUGGUGGUUUAUGCUGAUGACUAUAGCAGCUUCCCUUGGCGUUGCCAGAUUUGGAGCAUUGUUGCCCAGUUAUGAGGCAGGUAUUGUGAAAUAUCACAUAGUCUUCUCAUGGUUGUGCCGAGCUAUAGGUGUUCCAUGUCUUGCGGCAGAGGUGUGCAAAUACUAUACCUUUACUACAGCUGGACAGGGCUUUUUGUUGAGCGCUGUUGCGACAUUCAUAACAUCUUCACUUCGAAGUAGCUACAAGGAAAAGGUUACGGAUCUGAUAAAUGGAUUAUCAGUUAUCAUGAUUUUAGUGUUGGGUAUAACAGCUGGUAAUGCGUAUCACAUAACAACUAGCGUUCUUUUCAUGUUGUCGGGCAUAGUUGGCGUUGAUGGCAAUAUCGAGAUGAUUAAGUUGCCUCGAGUAGAUGUCUUCCACUAUGUUCUUGUUGGCAUUAAUUGUUUUAUUGUAUGGGGAUUUGAAAACUAAAUUUAUUUUGUUAUAUAUCCUUAGGGAAUAUUAUGAUUUUCAAGAUGUCUCAAAAAGUCUAGUCACAAAUAUCAUGGUUGGCUUUUAAUGGAAUUCCAAAAGGAACACAGGACCAAGUAUUCUUUAGAUUGCAGUUUCAUUACAAAUAAUAGGAAAAUAGAUGAACUCAUUUAUACCUUUAUUUUAUUUUAUGUUUUUUUAUGUUGGAAAAUAGAUAUAUAAACCAUUAUUAUCAAACACACUAUAUUAUGUUCACAUGAGCAGGUUUGCUAUUAGAAUGCUGUACAUAUGUGCAAGGUUGUUAUAAAUUACCCUAAUUCCUUGAUAAAUGCUAUGAGGAAAUUUGUCCAUAUUUGAAAAAUCGCAAAGCUGUCAUAUUUAUAUUUAUUUAUUACUUUUUAAAGUUGUAGAAACAGUUGUAAAAUAUUAGUAGAGAAAAAAAAAUCACUUGUAUUGAUAAAGGAAUUACUAGUUGACUAGACUUCAUGUGAGAACAAUUAAAUGAAAAUUCAAAUAUAAAGUGAAGAAAUAUUUUAUAGGGAAAAGUACAUUUUAUGUAAUCAACAAAUAAUCUAGUUUAGAAUGCAGAAUGUACUUUUCUUGAUGAUGCUGGGAGGGCAUGCCCACUGUGAUUUUAUUAUUAUUUUUUUUUUUCACAUAUAGAUAGCUUGACAACCACUUAGUCACCAAGGAGCCAAUUACUGCUUUCACCCCUUUAUUCCUUGAACUAUUGGAAAGAAAAGUCUUUAAUUUUUUUUUUUUUAAUUCAAGGGUAAACAGGUGAGGCCAAGUAAUUAACUUAUUAGGGACUAAGUGCUUGUGAAUCCAUCUGUGUGUAAACAAAAUUGACAAAAUAGAACUAUAGAGUACAUUGUAAACACUUAUCCCUAAUGGGUCAAAAUAACAGAAUAGGAUAUUUAAGAAAUUGCAUGAGAUUAAUAUCUUAUAAGUUCCAUUGAUAACUGUCUAACCUUGUUAUAAUUUUGUGGUCAUAACAUUUGAGUGUUAAAAGGUUGUUAUCUGUUAAUUGUUAAGGUUGAUGUACAAGCUCUUGAUAUGAAUACUGUAUGGAUAAUUGUGUGUAACCCGAACAAAUAAACAAAAAUAUUG